CUUUCUUCCCCUUUUCUUCUCUUUUUCUCUUCAAGCACCUUAUCAUCUUUUCCUUCCAUCCAACCAUACCACUAAAUGCAGCCUUCAUUCUUUGAAACUGAAACAGAGGUGACGACGCGACACCCUACGCCAACGACGUGAAUCCUUUCCGGCGACGGCACAGUCGACCCCAAACAUACGCCACUUCCGUGUUUUACUCGCAAAUUGCGGCCGCUAUUCCCGCAACAGCAAACUUGUGACGUGAGAGCCUGUUGCAUCGCGGCGGCACUGGGUUUUGCAGCGGGCGUGAAUUUUUUUUAAAUCACUUCCCGGUUGAACCACGUAACCGGCCGGGUUGAACCGGUCAUACCGGUUUGAUAGCAUGGCCGAUCCAGUGUCCUGCUCGACUCGGUCCGGAUUUUAAAAACUAUGGCUAAAACCCUAGCCAUUUAAUUUGCACUAUCUAAUCUCAACUUAUUUCAAUGCAGUUUACUCUCAAUUAGCCACUUGCACUCUACCUCUCUCAACCACAAAUAGGUUUUUCUCUGUUCGUGAACUCAAGUUCUCAGUCACAAACAGGUAACAUGCCUGAGAAUCCACUGCAGGCCUUGUUUCAUAACAUCGAACAAGUCUCAAGCUUUGUUCAACACCAUCUCUCUAAUUUCAUAGGCAUUCAUUUCCAGCCAUCAGGACCCCAUAGUGGCUCUCUCUUAUCAAUCUCUUCCUCUACCAAAGCCCCACUUGCAAAAACUGCAUCUUCUGUACAACUCGGUGAUACUGCUGUCAAGGGAAAGUCUGCUGCCCCAGUUACUAAGGAAGAGCUUGGAAGGGCUACUUGGACUUUCCUUCACAUUCUUGCAGCUCAGUACCCGGAUAAUCCUACAAGACAACAGAAGAAGGAUGUAAAAGAACUGGUACAGAUGUUACCUCGAAUAUACCCUUGCGGGGAAUGUCGAGAUCACUUUAAAGAAGUUCUUAGAGCAAAUCCUGUACAGACUGGAUCGCAUGCUGAAUUUUCUCAGUGGUUAUGUCAUGUGCAUAAUGUUGUUAAUAGAAGCCUUGGCAAACCAAUAUUCCCCUGUGAACGAGUUGAUGCAAGGUGGGGCAAACUGGACUGUGAACAGAAUGCAUGUGAAAUUAUUGGUAGUACAUCAAUUUUUAGGAAGAUAUGGAAGAAAUCUACCUAAAAAUGAUUGACAUGCAUACUAUGUGAGAGGUGUUAAAUUUUGACCUUUUGAUAAUUGUUUUAGAUAGGCCAAGGGUUAUUUGUUGGUUAUACACCAGAGUACGUGAAUACAUUUUAUCUCCAAUAUUCAUAACUCGGUUUAUUAUAGUAAAUGAAAAUUUAAGCCCGGAUUAUAUUGAUUUUUUAAGCAUCAAAAUCAGAGAUGUAGUUGCCAAACCUUGUAAAUUCUUUACAUGAA